CUACUUCUGGCUAAAAUGACUGAGUUACUGCUUCUUAGUGUAAUAGCAUGAUGCCUUGCUGUAGGGGAUAGACGCUUCUCGCCUUGGAAGGGAUCAGUUGUGGAUUCAGUAAUUGGAGUUUUUCUAACCCAAAAUGUCUCGGAUCAUCUUUCUAGUUCUGCAUUCAUGUCACUUGCUGCAAGGUUCCCAAUGAAGUUAGACAACACUAUUGAACGGUGCCAUGAAGGAGGAGCAAGCUCAGUAAGUCAUGAACCAAUAGUGUAUUUGGUGGACUCAGAAGAGACUGUAUCAGAUAAACCAGUUUGCAACCAGAGUUCGAUGACUGUACAUGACCCCGGUUGUAAUGAAAAAGAGACUCUCAACUAUGAUGAAACUUCUAGAAGCAGCGGUGAUGUUGUUUUGGAUUCUUCAGGUGGUGCUUUAGAGAGAUGCUAUUACUCAAAAGACAAAAAAUCAAUCAUUGAGAUAGAAGGAACGGGAACAGUGUUUUGUGAUGGAGAAAAGAGAACAAUAAAUGAUGAAUUUUCAUCUCCAGAUUCUGUCCUUUUGUCUCAGAACUCUCUCGAUUCUGCCACUGCUCAGACUGCAGAAAGAAUAGGCUCGUGCUCAGAGAGCAACUCAGAAGGAGAAGAUCUGACUAAUGGAAAUCAACUCAAAAGUUUGAAACAUCCUACCUCCUUCGUGGAGCUUUUACAGAUGGCUGGGUCUUCCAUGCCACAGAAAGGUUACAGACAUGGAAACAACAUAUAUGCUGAUUCAAACUCGACAGAUAAAUGCAUUCAGAGUCAAGCUGUUGAUUACGAAGAGUGGCACUAAGACCUG